CUACCUAAUUCUGUGCAUCCUCUUUGAUACUUUCCCGAGUGGAAUUUCAGCUGCUUUCAUUGUUUAGCCUGCAUUUUUCUGUUUCUUUUCUUUUCUCUUUUCUUUUCCGUGAGUUCAUUGGGUGUCGGGGCCAAGGGAUACGAGUUUUGUGUUUUUGACUGGUUUUAUAUUCUAUUCUUUUGGCCCUUGUACUUUGUACUCUGGUUUUGGCUGUUCAUUGCAACCCAAGUUCCAUGUCUCUGAUUCGUGCAGUCUCUUCUUCUCAUCCUUUAUUUCCUUUAUUGUGGGGUUUUCUCUGUGGAAUUGGUUCAAAUUGCGAAGAAACUGGCGGGUCUGGGGCUGGUUCAAGUUGUGGAAGGGGAUACUCUCUCUGGGGGAAGGAUGGAGGGUUUGGAGGGUUUUUUUUUCCCUCGUCUAUAAACGAAUUUCGGGACUUUUGGCGGGGUUCACGAGAAAAAAAAAAGUCUUGUUUCGAACAGACAUUACAAUGUUCAAUUGCGGGGAGAUGGGAGGUCAAGGAGGAGGAUGAUGUGCUUUCUUCAUUGUCCAUUGUCAUUGCAAGUGCUAUAUGAGAACGAGGAAGUGGGGAUGCGGAUGUGGAAAUGAUAAAGUAACUAUGGAGUUUUUUGUUCGGGGUUUAUCUCUCUUUUUUU